AUGUCCAAAAUAAUCCUCUCCAUAAACGCCGGAUCCUCCUCCGUCAAAAUCUCCAUCUUCACAGCCCGCAAAACCCAAUCCCCAACCCAACUAGCCGAAUGUCAAAUCUCCGGUCUCACAUCCCCUCCCGCAACCCUCAAAUACACCCGCUCAGGAACCCUCAUUUGCAAAGACCAAAAACUCGAGAAUGAGAAAAUCUCCGACCAAAAAGAUGCUUUCCAAUACAUUCUAUCCCAUCUAAUUAACGACCCCUCAUUCCCACAAAUCACCAAAGUCGAAGAUAUAUCCAUCGCAAGCCACCGCGUCGUACACGGAGGCGACUAUAAAACCAGCAAAAUCAUCACAAACGAAACAUACCACCACCUAGAAACGCUCACCGAUCUCGCCCCCUUACACAACACAUCCGCACUCUCCAUCAUAUCCCACUGUAUCUCGACACUUCCCUCCACGCGCAACAUCGCCGUCUUCGACUCUGAAUUCCACGCCUCGAUUCCAGAACAUAUCUCUACAUAUCCUAUUAAUCAAGACAUUGCGCGGAAGAAUGGAUUGCGGAAAUAUGGAUUUCAUGGGAUUUCGUAUGCGUUUAUUACGCGGAGUGUAGCGGAGUUUUUGGGGAAGAAGGAGGAGGAAUUGAAUAUUAUUGCGUUGCAUUUGGGGAGUGGUGCUAGUGCGUGUGCAGUUAAGGGGGGAAGAAGUUGGGAUACGAGUAUGGGGUUGACGCCUUUGGCGGGAUUGCCUGGGGCGACGAGGAGUGGGAGUUUGGAUCCUAGCAAUCCCCAGAUGAAACUCGCGCUUGAUAUAUUUAUCGAUAGGAUAUUAUCAUAUAUUGGACAUUACUACGUGAGUUUACAUGGGAAAGUUGAUGCGUUGGUUUUUGCCGGGGGGAUUGGUGAGAAGAGUGAGGUGUUGAGGAGGAGGGUGGUGCACGAGGUGGGAUGUUUGGGGUUUGAGAUUGAUGAGGUGAAGAAUGGGAGGGAGAUGAAGGAGGUGGUGCAGGAUGUGGGGAGGGAGGGGGCGAGACAUCGGACUUUGGUUUGUUUGACGGAUGAACAGUUUGAGAUGGCUAGACAUUGUGUUGUUGAUGAGGAGCUUUUUGGUGAAUGA